AAAACAAACACUAAAUUCGAUAGUUGAUUUGAGUAUUUAAUAGAUCUAUUAAUAAGAUUGUGUAAAAUUAAAAAAUAGCUAAGAAUUCAUUCAACCUUUAUCGAUUCACAAAGAUGAACAAAAAGUUUUAGCAAAAUUUUUAUCCUUAUCUGUAAUGGAUAGAGAUUUGGUCAAAAUUUCUAUUUUGAAUUAAUGAUCAAAAUUUGAAUGAAGUUAAAAAAGGAAUUUUAAAUCAAUUGGAAAUAAAACUCUUUAAAAAUGAAUUUUGAAUAGGAGAUUUGAUUUACUUGUAUAAUGUUAGAAUAAAAUUCAUUAAUAUCGAUUUUUAUAGGGGGUGACAUGAUUUGAAUAAAAUUUCACAACAUCAUUUUCAAGCUAAAUAAUUAAAUUCAUAUACCCACAUUUUUUUCACAUGUUUACACCAAC